UUGAAAUGGCUUAUCGAAACAACGGCUUAAACUGCAUAGAAUUACGUGAAAAGCUCAAAAUUGCUUUGGAAGAAGAAUAUGAAGAGAAAAGGAGAACAAGAUUAAAGGAAGGAAUUACUGGAGUUGGCGAAAUAUUGAAGCAAAUUAGAGAUCCCCGCUCUACAGGAAAACAACGUAUUAUUUUAAACGAGUUGGGAGCGCCCAUAAAUGGCACAUCUUUUUCAUUUUGGAGUGCAAACCGGGCACCAGCUUCUUUUAUUGCUUCAGCAACUGGAGAAAAUACUGCACUGCCUUCUACCUCUAAUAAUCAUCUUGUUAAUGGCUUAAGCAAUGUUGUAACAACAUUAAAACCAAUUCCUGUUCUCGUUCACUCCCAAAGUUCUGAUGAGAUUUCUGCUGCUGUUCUUCACCCAACAAAGCCUUCUGAAAUUCGUAAAUUAAUUCGUUCAAAAAUGGUUCGUUGCCGUAUUUGUAAAAAUCGGUUUUUGGAACGACAUUUGUAUGAAAGACAUUUACGUGAUAAACAUCCAAUUGAAUUUUUGGCUUAUGAAAUACAGCAAGAAGAGGAAAUGAUUCAACAAAGAAAAGAAGAGUUGGAAACAAAUAGAUUAGAUGAAAUAAUUAGUGGAGGAUUUAUUCCUCCACAAGAAGAUUUGGAUGCUUCCAAAUAUGAAGUCGAUAUUAAUGAAAUUCCACUUCCCGGUGAAUUAACAGGCGGAAUUCCUGCACGUUUUGAUCGUUAUGGUGUUUUAUUUCAACCUAAACGUAUUUACAAAAAGAAAGUUUCUCCGCAAUGCAUGUUUUGUGAUAAACGUUAUCGGAACGAGCAUUCAUUGAAAAAACAUAUUUCGAAAAAACAUGCAGAAUCUGCUGAAUGGGUUCAAUGUUUGAAAUGUUUUAAGCCUGUUCCAAGUAAAGAAGAAAUGCAAAAUCAUUUGUGUGAAUUGGUCUUUAUUUGUUUUGAAUGUGUUCCAAUUCGUAAUUUAUGUACGGAAGUCAGACUUUUUAAUCAUCGUGCAAAAUUUCAUCGUGGUCAACAUUCUGGAUUUAAAUGCAAUCUUUGCACUCAAAAAUUCCUAACACCAAGAAAAUUACGAAAACACAAGAAAAUGUCUCAUGUCUUCACAAAAACUUAUCAAUGCCAUUUUUGCGAGGAAUUGUUUAUCAGCGAAACUGCGGUCACUACUCAUGAACGUAUUCAUACUGGUAUUAUAAAAUUUGAAUGCAAAAUUUGUGAUUUCAAAUGUAAUCGUUUUCUAAAUAUGGAAGAACAUCGAAAAGAUGAACAUGGCUAUUUAUGCACAAUUUGUCAAUCAAAAUUGGGUGAAUGGGCAGAUUUGAAAAAUCACAUGUUAAUUGAACAUGGCGGUUAUUUGUCCUCAGAAUUUAAUUCAGGUUCAAAAGUGUCAAGUAGAAUAGGGAACAAGAAAAUAUAUUUUUUUGUAUAUAUUUGGUGUGGUGCUUGGAUGUGCCUGUCUCCUUCGCCUUCCGCCGAAUUUUCGUGUUUUUUGGUUUUUCGCUCUGGCGUUUCGUUUUUCGAAUUUCGGUUUUUUUGAUUAAAGUUAAUUUAAAAAGCGAAAGAUGAAGGAUGAAACACCAAAAAAGACGAAAAUUCGGCGAAAGGUGUUAGAGAGAUUAGCACAUUUUUGGUGUGGGUCUAUUUAACCACUCUAAAUUAAUAUUUUUUUCAACAUUAAUAAUUUUUUAAAAUUUUGUUGGUCUUUUUAUAUAGAGUCAAUAGCCGGCAAAAUUACGCCUUGGGCUAGUACUCUUUUUUCUUUCGAAUUUUUUCUAAUUAACAAGCUUUUAGAAAAAUCUGUUUUAGCCAAAUAAUUUAUUUUUAAUAGAAGGAAAAAAUGAUUGCAGAGAAAAAGAGAUUAAAUUAAUGAAUUUUAAGCCCUUUAAAAUAACUUAAUUUUUAGUAGAAUUUUAUUUUAAUUAAAAGUGAUCUCAUUUAAAAUAAAGAUUUCCAAAAAAAGAUUAUAAUUAAUAUAUUCACUGCUACAUCGAAAGCCCUCGUGUUUGGCUUAUGUUCAAAGGCGAAUAGAAGAAGAAUGAAAAUGAAUGAAAAAUGCCAAAACUGAAGAAUUAGAAUUUUGAAGAUUUGCGGCAAAAGAAAUCAAAAAAAGCUUCAAAAAAUGAUUUUUAAUAAAUUUCCCCCAUUUUAUCUUUUUUUCACACACAUUUAUUUUGACUAUUUUUACAUUGUUGUUUUUUUUCUCUUCAGGAUAUAAAAAUUAGAAAAAAUAAUUUAUUGAGACAUUUAGUAGGCUAGGAAAAGUAAGGGCAUCGAUGACUCUGAGAUAAUUUUGUGUAAAAGUAUUUUGUUAUAACGUACAUCCUUAGGGCCAAUAAAAUGUAUCUUAUAACGAGGUGAAUCUGAACCUCCUCACUAUAAGAUUAACUCGUGGUGAGAGCAGGGCUGGGCGCAAUUGCGGAUUACGUGUUUUUUUGGCUUGCGGAUUGAGUUUGCGGAUUUUCAAAUUAAAUUUUUUUCCUUUUGCGCCCAGCCUUGGUUGGGAGUCAUUCGUC